AUGUGGGCCACGCACGGACUGGCGGUGGCGCUGGCUCUGAGCGUGCUGCCGGGUGGCCGGGCGCUGCGGCCGGGCGACUGCGAAGUUUGUGUUUCUUACCUGGGAAGAUUUUACCAGGACCUCAAAGACAGAGAUGUCACAUUCUCACCAGCCUCCAUCGAAAAAGAACUUGUAAACUUCUGCCGCGAAGCGAGAGGCAAAGAGAAUCGGCUGUGCUACUACAUCGGGGCCACAGAUGACGCCGCCACCAAGAUCAUCAACGAGGUGUCCAAGCCGCUGGCCCACCACAUCCCCGUGGAGAAGGUGUGCGAGAAGCUCAAGAAGAAGGACAGCCAGAUCUGCGAGCUGAAGUACGACAAGCAGAUCGACCUGAGCACAGUGGACCUGAAGAAGCUGCGCGUGAAGGAGCUGAAGAAGAUCUUGGACGACUGGGGGGAGACGUGCAAAGGCUGCGCCGAGAAGUCCGACUACAUCCGCAAGAUCCACGAACUGAUGCCCAAGUACGCCCCCAAGGCGGCCGGCUCACGGACUGAUUUGUAG